CCGGAACAUCAAUACCGCGCUGAAAGUAAAGUCGUGCUGUGUCUCUAAAGACGCUAUCGUUCCAUCUUAUUAAAAAAUUAAAAAUAACAAAUUUAAUUGUUGUGAAUACUUUCUGCUAAGUUUAUAACUGAAGGUGUAAAUUAAAAAUAUAAACUUAAAUUAAUUGAAGAUGCAGUCUAUUGUGAUUGCCGUGUUACUUCUGGUUGUUCCAACCAUAUAUUGUGAGAACAUCUUUAAAAUCAACAUCAGUCCUGAGGAAGCCCAACAAUUUUUGAAAUCAUCAAACCUUAAUAUUGACUACGCACCAAAAACCGGUGAAAAUCCCUUACCAGUUGUUCAAAAUGAAAAAGGAGAAUUUAUCUAUCAAGGACGCAAAAUAGACAAUCCUUCCGAGUACGUGGAAGAACAUUACACUGCCCAUCAAUACCAUGGUCAAGAUGGUUUAGGUCAAUACGUCUAUGGCUACAAAGACUGGAAUCAAGGCAAAGCUGAAGAGAAAACUGAAGAUGGUGUCGUUAAAGGCACAUACAAAUAUGUAAACCCAAGAGGUCGUGACUUUAUUGCAAAUUACUAUGCCGACCAUACUGGUUUCCAUCAUGAAGACAAUCGACCAGAAAGGGAGAAGGCUCCAGCUACUGAAACACCAGCUGUAAAGGCUGCCAAGGAGGAACAUUUCCGGUUGUGGAGUGAAUUGGCAGCAGCUAAUGGUCAAAAUCCCGAUCCUUUCAGUAGUGAUUAUCAGAGAGAAGGUCAAUAUGUUCCUUCUGCUUCGGAUACUGCUUAUGAACACAUCGAACCUAAGUACAUUCCUUCAGAUGAAGAAAAGGGUGAACCUCGUGGAUUCUUUUACAGCUUUGAUUAUUCUACUCCAUUGGGACGCAAAAUUAAGGAGAGAGAAGAAUUAGAAAGAUUGCGGGCGGAAAAUAAUCAUUAAAUACAUUUUUAUUAAACAAUGCUUUAAUGUACAUAUGUAUACAUACAUUACCUACUAUAUGAAUAUAUUAUCGCCAUAAAUAAGUUAAGAAUACAUUUUUAUUUAAUAAUAAAUUAUAUAUUAGAUUAUUCCGAACCAAUAAAA